UCAGCUCUAACCACAGACGUCUGAUUCUUCAGGUCCUGAAGGAUGCGAAUAACUUAGUGCUUCGUGUUCCGAUCCCCAUCUGAGCACUGCUGUCUCCCGGAGAAACAGCCUGAGGAACCGAGCUGGUGUCUGUCACGGGUAAAGCAAGCCCUGCAGAUACUUGCUAGAGGGACCACCCCCCAUUUUGCAUCUUGCUGAGUGGACUAUGGUGGCAGGAAGAUGUUGGCUCGCAAGAGUAUCAUCCCUGAAGAGUAUGUGCUGGCACGGAUCGCUGCCGAGAACCUGCGCAAGCCGCGCAUCCGCGACCGCCCGCGCAAAGCCCGCUUCAUCGCCAAGAACGGCGCCUGCAACCUGGCCCACAAGAACAUCCGCGAGCAGGGGCGAUUCCUGCAGGACAUCUUCACCACCCUGGUGGACCUGAAGUGGCGUCACACGCUGGUCAUCUUUACCAUGUCCUUCCUGUGCAGCUGGCUGCUCUUUGCCAUGAUGUGGUGGCUGGUGGCCUUUGCCCAUGGCGACAUGGACCCGAGCACAGAAAACCCUUCGAACAGCACCAAGUGGACGCCGUGCGUGACGUGUGUCAGGUCUUUCACCUCCGCUUUCCUCUUCUCCAUCGAAGUCCAGGUGACCAUUGGCUUUGGGGGCAGGAUGAUGACCGAGGAGUGUCCCCUGGCCAUCACGGUCCUGAUCCUGCAGAACAUUGUGGGGCUGAUCAUCAACGCCGUCAUGCUGGGCUGCAUCUUCAUGAAGACGGCGCAGGCUCACCGGCGGGCCGAGACGCUGAUCUUCAGCCGGCAGGCGGUCAUCGCCGUCCGCAACGGCAAGCUCUGCUUCAUGUUCCGCGUGGGGGACCUGAGGAAGAGCAUGAUCAUCAGCGCCUCAGUGAGAAUCCAGGUCGUGAGGAAGACCAUGACCCCUGAAGGAGAAGUCAUACCGAUUCACCAGGUGGAUAUCCCUGUGGAUAACCCCAUUGAAAGCAACAACAUUUUCCUGGUGGCUCCCUUGAUAAUUUGUCAUGUCAUUGACAAGCGGAGUCCUCUUUAUGAUAUCUCUGCUUCCGACCUGGCGCUCCAGGACCUGGAGCUCAUCGUGAUACUGGAAGGGGUCGUAGAAACCACGGGCAUCACGACACAGGCAAGAACAUCCUACGUGGCAGAGGAGAUCCUGUGGGGUCACCGCUUUGUGCCCAUUGUCACCGAGGAGGAAGGUGUGUACGCUGUCGACUACUCCAAGUUCGGCAACACUGUCAAAGUGGCUGCGCCGCGCUGCAGUGCCCGGGAGCUCGAUGAGAAGCCCUCCAUCCUCAUCCAGACCCUGCAGAAGAGCGAGCUGUCCCACCAAAACUCCCUGAGGAAGCGCAACUCCAUGAGGAGAAACAACUCCAUUCGGAGGAGCAACUCCAUGCGGAGAACCAACUCCUCGCUCAUCGUGCCCAAAGUGCAGUUUAUCACACCCGAGGGGAGCCAGAGUGCCUCAGAAACGUGAUGCACGGCUUUGUGCUAGGGCACUGUGCUUCAGAAGGAGGAGGCACCUGUGGUGUUUUGCUUCAAUUUCCUUUUACUUAAGAAAACAAGAACACAAUGCAGAAAAGAACCAUGCAAGAACUAUUUAUUCCAUUACUUACUGAAAGCACCACCUAAUGGCAUUAGAAAACACGUUAGCACUUAGUGUAUGAAUUAAUAAAAAAUGGCACGUACACUAAAGAAAACACACUUCACUCAUGUAAUAUAAUGUGUAUUUAUACUUGUUUUUAUGGCAUGCUGAUUUUUUUAAUCGUAUUUUUCCUAUCAAGGGUCUCUUUCUUCUGCUGGCUGUCACAAAAUGUGGGGCUUUCCUAUGCAAGCGAGUGCUUCACAAAACUUCUAUAGUCAACAGCUCCCACAGAUUUUGUGCAUGACAUUUGGAUAUUGAUCUUUUUGUGUGAAUUCGUUGUUCUCUUAAAGGGAGUAACUAAAUUCCUCAAGGAUUUCACUGGAGAAGAACAACCAUUUCAUCUUUGGUUUCCCAGGCUUUUUCUUUUUUGUUGGUUUGUGGCAAGGGCAUUUUGAGAGCAAAUUCAGGUCAGGUGUUGUGACCUGUCCAUCCCAACGGAAAGCUGGUGUCACUCCAGGCAGGAAAACCAGCAAAAUGAUGGGGUGCUGCUCUCCAUCUCAGGGUGAAAUACUUGGCUGCAGGACAACACACAUCUUCAAUUAGCUGUAGGCCAAGCUGAGA